AUGGACUCUUCAAGUUCACGAUUGGAUACCGAGGGUCAAUUUGACGGUGCUUUAACCCAUCAAGACAACCAUCAAAAUGAUGUGGGUGACAAAGUUGAAGAACCGAAGGAUUUAACGACGUUUAUUUCAGAUGAAGAGUUGAGUGAUAAGGAUGAUGAGAAAGUUGAAGAACCAAAGGAUUUAAUGACUUUUAGUUCAGAUGAAGAGUUGAGUGAUAAGGAAGAAAAUGUGGUCUUACCUGUGGUGUUAAAGGAUGAUGAGAAAAUUGAAGAACCGAAGUCAUCAAUGACUUUUAGUUCAAUAGAAGAAGUUUGCUCUUAUUAUAGGAGGUAUGCUAAGCAAGCUGGGUUUGAUGUAGCUCAUAGAACCUCGAGAAAAACGAAGGGUAGAAAAAGUUACGUAGUGCUUAUAUGUACUCGUGGAGGUGACAAGCGAGCUACAAAUGAUGUUGCGAAGCCAAUUCCAACAACUAAUAGAACAAGGUGUGGUGCUAGGAUUUGUGCGAAAUUAUGUGGUGAUGGAACGUGGUUUUUGAGUAAAGUUGAGUUGACGCAUAAUCAUUCGUUAAGCCCGGGUAAAGCGAGAUUUUUUAGAAGCAAUAGGAAAAUUAAUGAUGCUGCAAAAAGAAGACUUGAGCUAAAUGAUAGAGCAGGAAUACGUCUGAGUGGUGCCCAAGCACUUUGUGAUUACUUCAGAAGAAUGCAAAAGCAAAAUAGUGGCUUCUACUUUAUGAUAGAUAUGGAUGAUGAUUGUAGGUUACGAAAUGUUUUUUGGGCGGAUGCACGGAGUAGGGCAGCAUAUGAUUACUUUGGAGAUGUUAUUACGUUUGACACAACGUAUUUGACCAAUAGCUAUGACAUGCCAUUUGCUCAUUUUGUAGGAGUGAAUCAUCAUGGUCAAUCUAUACUUUUGGGGGCAGGACUAAUUUCAAGCGAGGAUACAGACACAUUUGUGUGGUUGUUUAAAUGUUGGUUGGAGUGCGUGAAUGACCAAGCCCUAAAGCAAUUAUAA